AUUUAUUUGAGAAUUUUCUUUUCAUAAAUUGCGCAUAAUAAAAGUGUUAUUUUUAUUUAAAGUGGAGAGUAUGUGCAGUAUGUAUUUAUGGAUCUUUAUAACUUUCACAUAAUGACGAUACAUUCAGUGCAGACUUUUUUCGGGGAGGGCCUAUUUGCAACGACUUGAUUAUUUUUAUCGCAGUUUUCAGAAUUUGUACGUUGUGAUUAAUGAGUGAUUAUUAUUACAGGACAAUUACGGGACGAUUACAGGACGGUAAUCUUCCUUUAAUAUAAUAAUCGUAAUUGUUUAAAUUGUUUAUCAGAUGAUCUAUAGUGGGUAGCACGAUUUUGGAAAGCGCAAUCAGAUAUUCUUGGCUUGUUCGAUUAUUUUCGGGAAUAUGAGAUAUUUUAUAUAAAAGUAGUAUUAUCUCGUUCUUUUUUUUUAUUUUUGUAUAAUUUUAAUUUUAAAAACGAUUUUAUAAAAUGAAUAUCUUAUUUAUUGUUUUUUUGAUUCUCGUGACAUUCGUAUCGUCAACUCCAAUAAGGCGUCAAGAUGCGCUCAGUGGUUUUAGACCAUGUCAAGGCGAUUUCCCAAAUGAAAUUACCUUAUUUAGUUUUACUCCCAAUCCACUUGUCGGAGGUCAAGAAUUUACUGUUCGUAUCGGUGGUAAAGCAACUAUAACUAUUGAAAGCAGUACAUUGUAUAGGCUUACAGUGAAUAAAGAAGUAAUCUAUGAAACGAGUUUUUGCAAAGAAUUUGUCAUAUCUAGUGGGUUCACUUGUCCAGUAAACGAUAAUUUUGAUUUUACCGCAAAACCUCAUCCUAUUUCUAAACAUACUCAAGUUGAAUAUGAUGUAAAGAUAACGAUUACAAAUCCGGAUGGUAAAGAUUUAUCAUGUAUUGAAGGAAAAGUCAGCAUAACUCAUCCUUAAUAUCAUUAUAAGUUAUAUUGUUUACAGUAUAUAUUGAUGUAAUAUUUGAUAUCAAAAUAAACUUAUUAAAUUUAUUAUCAUCAAAAAGUUUUAUAUGUUUGAAGUUUUCGUACGCCAACUCUCAAUCUUUUAUUAGAAAUAAA